AAUUUAAAAAAACAGACACUUCGUGCGGGGUUUCGAACAUACAAAGAUACGAGCAGAUACAAACUACAUACUAUAUCUCAAAGGUAUACUAAAUCCGAAUUUUACAUUUGAAAAUAGGAACAAUUACUACAUAUAGUUUUAUGUAAACAUACAAUUUACAGUUCAAAAUAAGACAAAAUGCAUGUAUAGUUAAACACAGUAUAAACAUUUAUUACUAGUACAAAAAGUCUAGCUAAAUGAUUUAUAUUUAAUAUAAAUGUAUACAAAUUGGAUAUUUUAGAUUUAGAGCACCACUUCAGGGGAAUCAUUUUGCCACGAACUCCAAGUUGAGAUACUCUGUCAAAAAUAGAUUAUUUUGUGCAUAUCAUGGGAGAAAUCCAUCCAGCUGGCUUACGGAAGGUCGGUGGUUCUACCUAGGAGGCCGCCCGUAAUGAAAUAAUGCACGGAGGGCCACCUGGGGUUUUCCUCCACCAUCAAAGCUAGAAAGUUCCCAUAUGACCUAAAUUUGUGUCGAUGCGUCGUUUUACCCAAAAAAUAUAUUGUGCAUGCAAGUUUUUACGGCAAAGAUCGAGCUCUUGUUUUCUACAAACAUACCAACAUAACACUAUGUAUAACCAUUGUCGGAAAAUUUGUUUGCACAAAAAACAGGACACUCGUCUCACUCCGCUUACGCUCCCCAUCCGUAAACAAAAUAUUAUAUAUCAAGGUCACACGUAUACAUGUAUAUAAAUAACAAACAUCUAUACAAUACAGACAAUUAAUUAUACGAGGGUGACAUUAUGAUUAUUAAAGAACAACAUCAGUUAUGGGCUUAAUCCGCCUUUUGCGUUUAUCAAAGUUUACCAACAAUCAUGAUAGCAAAAACUUUAUAUAUUGUAAAAUGGACUCGCAAUUGUUAUUCAUUCAUACACGAGUCUGAAUAUAAUUUUUUAAACCGUACUGGUUGUUAUUUAAAUAAGACAUUUCAGUAUGUUACUCCUUAUUUUUAAGGCACAGUUGAUAACACUCUUAGUGUGAUAUUGAAGAUUUUUUAAUGGUUGCAAUUAAACUUAUCAAUCUAUAUCCAAAUCUGGAUACCGAAAAACCAUUUAGCAACUUAUGCAUUUGCCAAUAUUAGAUGUUGUUUACGUAAACUAGAAAAAAAGUCACGUUUCGCGUGAGAAAACAACUUGAAAUAUUUGCAAACCGUGCGUAGAUACAUUUAUCCAAAACCUGUCAAAUUGUAUUUUGAUAUUAUUCAGAUUUUGAACUUGAUACUAUUUAGCUUUAGGAUACUUGUAAUUUAAACAGACUGAGACCAUUAAGACCACUAUGUAUUCCAUGAAUCACAUUUUGUUGGUGAGUUGUCUAGCGGUGUUUGGCGGGCACGUCGACGGAGCUUACAAGGUAUGUAACAAGGAGACAGUCGAUCCGGCAUGGAAUAAGUGUGACGAAACCUAUUUCGUAUCACAAGUAAAGGAUGAGGCUUCAAUGAAAAAAAUGUGCAAACGUGUUGAAUGCUUGGUGAAAUGCAAAAAGGAUGCAGUGGGUGACUGUGACAAGCGCGAGGAAUUUCGUGAAUAUCUUUUCAUGUACGAUCCGGAGAUGUGGAAGGUCUAUUAUAGGUUUACCUGCUCAAAUCUUGAGUCGGUAAUGCAACUGUUUGACAGAGGAUGUGUACAGAAGACUGUAUGUGAUACUGGAAGCAUUGGAAAGAAUUUCAAUCCUGCGGAAAAAGACAAGAAAGUUUUGUGCAGUUCGUUUGAGGCUAUGCGUAAAUGUGUCAGUAUGGGUCCAGGGGGAACAUGCACUGCCGCGGGGGCCAAGUUUCAUGAAGAUAUUAGGAAAAUAGGAUAUUCUCUUUCUAUUUGUGACAACACAGACAUCAAAGAUUUAUAUACUAAGUAUGGUGGACCUUACAAAUGUGGGAGUAUCUCGGGGACAUCAACAAUAGUGCUUUCACUUCAAGCUAUUAGUUCCGUCAUAUUUUGUUGGAUAUUCCUCCAGUUCAAAAGCAUAUAGUAGAAUAUAUAUAUAAUGAACUAAAUUUCGAUGCCAUAAAUUUGAAGGCAAUAUGGGAUAAUGCGAUGUAAGUCAUUAUGGAGUUAUAAUACGAGAGAAAUGUAUUGACUGGAAUAGUUAGCAUGGUUCCCAUAAUUAUAUGAGGGAAAAGUCAAGGAAAAUAUUUUAUAGACUUUCUGAAAACAUCGGCAACGUUUUGGAAGUUGUGACUUUUGAUCAAAACAUUGUGAGGAAACUAUGCCUAUUACAAAUUACCUCUAAACAACAUGAUAUGUAUAUAUGCAAAUGUUGAACCAGUACGAAUGUGUAGUACAAUUCGGGCUCGUAUAUAAAGCAGCAUCGAAACUAAUCUUAUUGGGUUAGUGGACUUGUUGUAGCAUGUGCGUGUUCGUUUGUACUGCUAGGCGCUUUGCCGUAAUUGGUCUGGUAUAUUGUAGUGGUGAUUUAGUUCGUAUAAAUUCUCUCUACUAUAUAU